CACCCCCAAGGACGAGAAAAAAUCCAAUUUUGAAAUGGUUAGAAUGAAACAAUAAACGUCAUGAAAAUGUCAUCAUGUGUAUAAAAUUAAGGAUUUUGUAAACCACAAUGGAAUCACAAAAAUAUUGUCCGAGGAGAUAAUAAACGGUUGCAGUAAAGUUAAGUUGUGGAAUGGCGCUUUUUUUUAUGUAAACAAUAAUAAUUCAACGACGGCCGUCUUCAACAACAAUGACUUUGAUUUUAUAGACUGGUCAUACUGAUUGCUAUUUUUUUUUCAUUAUAAAAUGGGAAAAUAUUGUCACGACGACUUGUCACCAUGUGUCACGUUUAUUGGCCGGGCCCAUGCCGUAAUGUAUAAUAUUUUUUAUUUAUUUUUAUCAGUUUUCGAAAUUCCGAGCGACCGACUGGCGACUAUAAAUUGUACAUCGUGUUUUUGACGUUUUCGUGUGUCGUGUGUGCAGUGUGCCAAAGUCCUUAGCAGUGUAAAGCCGUACAUAUUACAUUCAGAUUUCAAUGUCACAACUCACAAUAAACAGUUGCAGUGUUACGGUUUGUUGUUGUCACUUGUCUCGUGUUGGCGAGUGACGGUUGGCGGUUGUUUUUCUAUCGUCUAAAUUUGUUUGUUAUUAAUUGUGUAACUAUCAAGUCGUAAUAUACCUACUUUUCAAAAGUGACUUUUGACGAUGUCUGCUGUGGUAAAAACAGAAAAUGAACAACGAAGUUCCAUUGGGACUAGUCUAUUCAAUAAAUACGACGGUAUCGAUUUGACCAUACGGAUUCUACUUAAUAGCCGAGAAGUUGGAAAUGUGAUUGGUAAAAGAGGUGAAACUGUAAAAAAUAUAAGAAACCAGUCUGGUGCUAGAGUAUUAAUCUCCAAUGGCUCAACUCCUGAACGUAUUGUUCUAAUUUCUGGAAAUAGAAUUGCAAUUUGUAAAGCUACUGAACUUAUUGGACUAAAAGUCGAAGAAUUUUUUGAGAGACUAAACGGCAAUUGGAUUGGCCCCAAAACACCUUUGACUCUUAAACUAAUUGUGCCAGCAUCUCAAUGUGGUUUCAUAAUUGGCAAAAAUGGAAGUAAAAUAAGGGAAAUUAGGGAUUCGAGUAGAGCUGCCAUACUAGUAGAAUCAAAUAUGUUACCUCAUUCAACUGAACGUCUAGUUUCAAUUACUGGCACUACAUGCACAAUAUCUCAUUGUGUUUAUCUAGUAUGCAACGUACUAUUAGAUAUAAGAAAUUUACUCUGCGCCAUUAGUUGUGCGCAGGAUGUGGUUUCAUUACACUGCAAGUAUACAGAUGGUAGACUCACUGGAAUUGCUACACUACCGACAACAUCUGGUCACUGUGCAUCUCCACCACCGCGUUGUGAAUCAAUCCCUUUUCAUCCAUGUAAUGAAAUUUCAGUGUUUGAAACUUGUACAUUUAUUAAAGAUUUUGGAGCCGAACGCAAUAUUCCUUUGACCAAUCUUGCAGCUCUUGGGUCAGGAACUGCAACAAAUAGAGGUAUCAAUCCAGCUGCUUUGACUGCAUUAGCUGGAAGUCAGUUGAGAGCAAGUAAUCGUCUAAACCAUAUUGUUAGUGGAGAACAAUAUGAUAAAAAUUCUAAUUCAGACAUUGAUACAACAACAAUAAAUGUACCUAAUGGUCUAAUUGGAUGUAUCAUUGGUAAAAGAGGAAGUAAAAUUGCAAAAAUUCGACAAAUAAGUGGUGCUAUAGUACAUAUAUUACAAUCUCAAGGAACUAUUGAAAAUGGGGAAAAAGUAGAUCGACGUAUUACAAUUACAGGAAACAAAGAAUCUGUUUCAGUUGCCAAGUACUUAAUUGAAAUGAGUGUGGUAUUGCAAAAAGCCAAUCUCGGGGAAGUUAAAUUAUCCACUAUUCCUGACAAUGGUUCCAUCUCAACUUCGUCCACUCCAACUAUGACUCAACAAUUAGCCAAGCUGGAUCCCAUUACUGUCAUAUCCUGCUUAUAUGCUUAUAUAGCCUUAUUUGGUGCCAAAAAAUCCCCUCCAAUACAGACCACAGGUGUCCAUCGCCCAAAAAAUGAUUUAAAAAGAAAACGCAGUACUUCAAAUGAAAAAAUCAAAGCGGAAAGGACCAAGUCAGCUCGUUACUAAAUGCUAAUUGAUCCAAAGUCUGCCAAUUAUUACUAUUCAUACUAAUUCUUAUUUCUUUAUUUAUAAGUAGUUUUUUAUUUAUUUUAUUUAAUUAUACUUUAAAAAAAAAACUUAUAAUUUUUGAGUCUAAAGACAAUUCCAAAAAACUAUUUUAUUUUAUAUUUUUAAAUAUUUUACAUAGUUGAUUUUGUUUUUGGGGUUAAAUUCAAGACAAAUCUAUAUAUGUAACAAAUCUUUUUCAUAUUAUGCGAUAUUAAUGAACUUUAAGGAUUUAUUUAAUCAUUUUUAUUUAAUAUAUUUUAUUGUGAACAAAUUAAUAAUAUUUAUCUUUUUAGUUUAGCUUGUUUUCAAUCACCACUUAGUCUUUUGUUCUUGCAUUAUAUUUUUGGAGAUCAUAUUAUGUUUUGUACUCCUUAUUUUUAAAAAAAUAGUAUGAAAUCCAUUAAAUAAAAUUUACUCUUUUUACAUUUGUUGUUACUAUAUUUUUUAUAAUUGGAUGAUG